UUUUAAGUGCAGUUAUAAUACAGAUGCCUUUGACUCGUUCAACCUCCAGAGCCGCUGCUGUUGUGGCUACAAAGAUUCCAAUGCCGACUAACAGCCGAAAACGUAGUAUAAUUUCUCCCGGACCCCACAAACAAUGUACAAAACGAUCUGCUCUUGGAGAUAUCACCAACCAAGUGCUACUCGAAGAUCCGAUUGAUCAAAUAAAAGGAGGCAAGGUUGGACCAAAGAAACCCCCAAAACCAGCCUUCACCAUCUUCGAAGAGAAUGUAGAACCAGAGAACAAAAAAGCAAAGAAAUCCGAACCAAAAAGCACGAGACGGUCCAAAGAUUUGGUGGUUCAAAACCCAGUUAUCGCACUGACCAGAUCACAGAAAUCAAGAUCCCUGGAAUCUGCCGAACCUAAACCAGAAUGGAGGGAUAUAGAUGCGGACACAACAGAUCCCAUGUUCGCACCUGAAUAUGCCGCAGAAAUCUUUGAAAAUCUGAGGGAAAGAGAAGUCCAUUUCCUUGUGGAAGACUAUCUGUCAAAUCAAGCAGAAAUAACAGAAACAAUGCGUGCUAUUCUCAUUGAUUGGCUUGUUGAGGUGCAGGAAACAUUCGAACUGUUCCAUGAAACACUCUACCUGGCCGUGAGAAUGGUUGAUAGGUAUUUGAACCGAAAGAACGUCCGUAAACUUCACCUUCAGCUGCUGGGUGUUACUGCCAUAUUCCUCGCUUCUAAGAUGGAGGAACGAUACCCACCCCCUCUGGAAGACUUCAUAUUCGUGUGCGACAGAGCCUACACAGAGGAUCAAAUACUGAAGAUGGAGCGAGUGCUGUGCGCUGAAUUAGAGUAUGAAGUUUACAUGCCUCUCUCUUACAGCUUCCUGAGACGUUACGGAAAAUGUGUUAAUGCUGAUAUGAGAUUACUGACCAUCGGCAGAUACGCUCUGGAACUCUCCCUGCAAGAAUACCAAUACGUCACCUACCGCCCCUCACAGCUCGCUGCGGCUGCGCUCCUCUUCGCGAUGCGCAAAUCCGGCAACACCGACUGGGACAUCACCUGCCAGCACUACUCCAGCUACACGGAGGAGGACCUUAACGAGCUUAUCAGUAUGAUGGAUAAGAGCACAGUGGCUGCUUCCAGCAACAAACACUGUAAAACUAUCUACAAGAAGUACUCUCACCGGGUGUUCUUCGAGGUGGCGCUCCUGCCGCCCCUGCAAUAGUGUCACGUUAUGUCCAAAUAUGGUCAUAGCAAUAUUACCACGUGAAACUGAAGUGUUUCAGUGUGUUAUUCUAACAGGUAAAGUGUCCGAGUGUGUCGUGUGAGUGUGUGUGAGAUUCAGAAGUGAAAUGUUAGCAGUUUGUGUGUGGGUAGAGGUUUCAACCCAUCUCCAUUUUAGGAUAUAAGAUAAUGAAAUCUCUUUCUCUGCCUAGUUCGAAUUCUCAUGAAACUGACUCGAAUUGUUUUGCACAAAACAUUCGUUCAUAAUAAGGUCAAUAUUUUAAAAUACACAAUGAAAAUAGUCCCGGGUCUGGGUUGAAAGCCGCCUCACAUAACUGAACUAACAAAUGUCUAUCAUUACUGACGAAACAAGCCGGCUGAUGACUACACCGUAUUCUGUGAUAAAAGCAGUGACUACAGCGAGAUUCCGUUUAAUUACUAAUAUUUGUUGCUCUGUGCUACCUUAAUUAAUUAAAUACGCACUUUAAUUAAAUAUGCGAAUUUUUUUUAGUUUCCUCCGUAAGUUUCGUUUUACAUUAUUUACAUCAGUUUUUGAUAUAUUGCUGUUUACGAGGUGAGAUUAAGAGGCGAGCGAGACUCAAUAAUUUAAAGGUUGAGCACUUUAAUUAAACUGUUGGCUACUAAAUCCAACAAAGCGUCUUUUUACCAUUUCAUGCGUUAAAGUUAAUGUAAUAAUAUGUGUAAUAUUAAUCACAAUGCUUUAUAUAUUUUAGGUAAAGUUGAGGGAAUAUUUUAUAAGCUUAUUAAUAAAUAAGUCGAUAUCAUGUGCUACAGUGUAUUUGGUUGAGAUUGAGACUUGAUUCGCUAAGUUAAUAGUAUACAUGAUAUAGACAGUUUGAAUCCAUAGCGACGAAUACUUAGCAUGGUUAGGAGCUAUUUGUAUAUAACUAAACUGGUUGUUUGUUAAGCGAGAUGAGCCUAAUAAUAAUCCAUUCCGGCUAAAUCUGCUUGCAUGUAAACACAAUUAGCAGGCUAACCUAACCGUAUCAAGCAAAUUUUCUAAUAUUUCAAUCAAUAAAAACCUGAUAGAAUUUCCUGACUUAGCUAAGUUCGUAGCAUGUAAUUCUUGUUUGUUUAGUGAGGGUUAGUUACAAUUAGGUAUAUCUUUGAGCUGCUUUAUCGUUUAAGAUUAACUUACGCGACAAUAGAUUGUACAAUUAAUUAUUGCGUCCUAGAACUUUUUAUAUAUGUCUAAUUUUAAGUAUGUGCGCUAUUAUUUUAAUUGCGAGUAAUUAUUGAGGACGAGAUCGCAGAUUUUUUGGCAACAAUUAGGGUCGUUUUCUCCAUUCUAGUCUAUUCUUGUAACAUUUUACAAUUCAACUGAAUCCUAGAGUCCAGAACGAUUGUGUAUCUUGUUUUAAUAAAGUUAAUUAAAUUGGUUAAUUCUACUAUCGACUUGUACUGAA